AGUGGUGCAAUCUGGGCUUACUGUGAGAUAUAGCUAGCCUAGACUUAGAACCUGUACACUGCCAUCUUAGAAAGGACAAAACUGUUUCCAUUCUCCUCACAAGGACUGCUGACCUUGGUUUCUGCAAACUGCUACAUUACUUUGCAAAAAGGUAAAGCUGCGUAGCUUCUCCAUAACUCCCAGAAUUGCUGGCCUUUGAUCCUCAGUAAUGGCCAAGAGUAAGCACCCCCGAAUAAUUCCAACCUGGCGCCAAGUAACUCCCACCCAGACGAUGUGUGAGCAAAUGGUUAUCUUGAGUUCUGCAAAUCUCUCCCCUGGCCCUAGGAAUGUCCGGAACCCAUCACCCUCCUCUCCUACCCAGGAGGUGAUUUACAGCCCACCGAGAUAUCUCGGUGGGAUGAAGGUUUUCUUUCAUCUCUGCUCCUUCCCCUCCCCGCUCCCAAAAGUAGUUUAGUGGGUGUAAAAAGGUCUUGUCUCCCUUCUUUCGGGGCCACGGGUUGGAGAGACGUGAGUCCUCCGUGGUUGCCGGCAAUAAACCCUGCAAUUUGGCUUACUUUUGUUCUGGUGUUGGCUUUCUGUGCUCAGGUUCGAUGCAGCAACUGCAACCUCCAACUCCUGGUUCAAGCGAUUCUCCUGCCUCAGCCUCCCAAGCAGCUGGAUUACAGAGCCCGCCCACCUUUGGGUUCCUGUUGGACAUCGAUGGAGUGCUUGUGCGGGGCCACAGAGUGAUCCCUGCUGCUCUGGAAGCCUUCCGAAGGCUGGUGAACUCCCAGGGGCAGCUGCGGGUGCCUGUGGUUUUUGUCACAAAUGCUGGGAACAUCUUACAACAUAGCAAAGCCCGGGAGCUGUCAGCCCUGCUGGGGUGCAAGGUGGAUGCAGACCAAGUUAUCCUCUCUCACAGCCCCAUGAAGCUCUUCUCAAAGUACCACGAGAAGCGGAUGCUGGUGUCUGGGCAGGGGCCUGUGGUGGAAAAUGCCCGGGGACUGGGCUUCCGGAAUGUUGUUACCAUGGACGAGCUCCGGAUGGCCUUCCCCCUGCUUGACAUGGUGGACCUGGAGCGGCGGCCGAAGACCACGACCCUCCCAAGGAAUGACUUCCCCCCGAUUGAAGGGGUACUCCUCCUAGGGGAGCCGGUCCGCUGGGAGACCAGCCUGCAGCUGAUCAUGGAUGUCCUCCUUAGCAAUGGGAGCCCUGGGACUCGCCUGGCAACAGCCCCCUACCCCCACCUCCCUGUCCUGGCUAGCAACGUGGAUCUCCUGUGGAUGGCCGAAGCCAAGAUGCCCAGGUUUGGCCACGGCACCUUUCUGCUGUGCCUGGAAACCAUUUACCAGAAAGUGACGGGCAAGGAGCUGAGAUACGAGGGCCUGAUGGGCAAACCCAGCAUCCUCACUUACCAGUACGCAGAGGAGCUGCUCAGGCGACAGGCGGAGAGGCGAGGCUGGGCCGCCCCCAUCCAGAAGCUCUAUGCUGUGGGGGAUAACCCUAUGUCUGACGUGUACGGUGCCAACCUGUUCCACCAGUACCUGCAGAAGACGACACGCGACAGGGCGCCAGAACUAGGGGCUGGGGGCCCACGGCAGCAGCAGCCCUCAGCAAGCCGGAGCUGCACCUCCAUCCUGGUGUGCACGGGCGUGUACAAUCCCAGGGACCCGCAGUCCACGGAGCCUGUGCUUGGAGGAGAGGAGCCUCCGUUCCACGGGCACCGAGACUUCUCCUUCAGUUCAGGGCUCAUGGAGGCCUCCCACGUGGUGAAGGAUGUGAAUGAGGCUGUGCAGCUGGUCUUCCGCAAGGAGGGCUGGGCUUUGGAAUGAGGGCAGUGUGGUGAAGGUGAGGGGUGAGCCUGGACCUGCGGAUGAGGCCCUUUGGCUGGGCUCUGGCCCAUCACUGGGCUCAGGUCAGGGCUUGGUUCCCUUGCCACCCUUUCUGCUGCUUCAAGAGUGUGGUGUUACUGGUCACUUGGAAGAAGACAUGGCUCUUUUUCCCUGCUGGGUAGCAUUCUCUAUGGAACUGUUGGAAUUUUCUGGGCCCAGUUCACAUGUGCCUCUCCUGGCAGUCUAACCCCAGGCCAGUCUCUUCACCGGUGUGCCUCAGUGUCCUUCUCAUUUCAGUAGGGACUUCUGGAAAGGGGGAGCAGUGUGGAAUACUGUGGACGACUCUGCAGAGCCUUCGCCAGCACUGAAGGAGUGCUCCCGGUCGGCAGAGUAUCUGACACCAGAUGCUACUUUUUAUGGUAGUUUAUUACCCAGAUAUUUGGGGCUUAUUUUUUUAAAUUAAAAUAAUCAUAAUAAAUAGUCAUGAUGCCCUCUCUUGUGAA